CAAGACAUUAUUCAACACUCUUGGUCAAAUAUUCAUCAGCUUAAAGUUCUUCAAAACCUUCCUUUUUAGUUACGUGCAUUGGUCUUCAAAGAUGGGUAUCCAAUUGGUCGGACUGUCUCAAGCAAAGCAAAAGCUUCAAAGAAGCUUAUCGGCGAGAAUCGCAAGCCUCUUGGCAACGUCAGGUACUAAUAAUGUCCCAAAGGGUCAUGUGGCCGUUUAUGUUGGGGAGACGUAUCAAAGGAGGAGGUUUGUGAUACCUAUAUCGUAUUUAAACCACCCAUUGUUCCAAGGUUUGCUGAACCUUGCGGAAGAAGAGUUCGGGUUCGACCAUCCCAUGGGAGGUCUCACCAUUCCAUGCACUGAAGAUUACUUCACUGCUCUAGCUUCUAUACUAAAUGGUUCAUGAUAAGGGAGCUCAUUGAUCAUCAUUCAUUAAUUAAGUUUCUUUAUACAAAGAUGUCUAUGUUUAUUUUUUUUGUGUUUCUAAAAUGUAUUUAAGGAGAGAAAGAAUAACUCGAGACUGAGAUACUAAGUGAGUCUCUUUCAAAUUUUGAUCUAUAAUGAUCUUGUGGGUUCUUUUAACCAUUGCUCUUGUAAAGAAUUCACCUUCUAAAAAAUUAAU